UCUCCUCCUCACAGUGGUCAGCUAUGGUUUAUGUGCUGCUGACAUCAGAGCAGAAGAUGGAUGAGUUUAAUCUAAAACAGUUUGUUGGAACCCAAAAUACAGCACAUGAAGUUCUUCAGAAGCUGCUGCCUGUGAUUAAAGAAUCCAGAUCAGUUCAGUUGAGGGAUUGUGGAGUCACAGAUGAAGGUUGUGCUGCUCUGGCUUCAGCUCUGAGAUCAAACCCCUCACAUCUGAGAGAAAUGGAUCUGACUGGAAAUGAAAUGGGAGUGUCUGGACUGAAUCUGCUCUCUGAUGAACUGAAAGAUCUUCACUGUAGACUGGAGAAACUGCAGUUGAGGGAUUGUGGAGUCACAGAUGAAGGUUGUGCUGCUCUGGCUUCAGCUCUGAGAUCAAACCCCUCACACCUGAGAUAUCUGGAUCUGUCUGGAAAUAAACUAGGAGCGUCAGGAGUGAAGCUGCUCUCUGAUCUGAAGGAUGAUCCACAUUAUAAACCGGAGAUGCUAGACUUUAAGAUGUUAGUCUGACCUUCUCUGAUCGCUGAUGGUGAAUAAAGAGCCGCUACAGACAGACAUCACAUUCAGCAGAAUCAACAGACACAAACCCACAGUGAUCAUCACACACACGUGUUUGUGCAGCUUUACAGAAUCAUGCAAUUCAUGAUUAGAAAUCAGAUGAGGAAAACUUCUGUUUUUUCCUCUGAAGUGACUUUUGUACUGGUGCCACAUCACAAAACCCAUGGUGACCCUGCAGACAAAAACAAGAGACCAUCACAGAAAUUCAAAUGAUUUCCACUACAAAUACCAUUACAAGUAUUACAA